AUGAAGUUCUUAUCAGCCGCCAGCCUCCUGGUUCUUACCGCUCCUCUUGCAAAUGCAGCCGCGUUCUCUAUCUUCGAUCCUACGCAAGCUUCACUCAAGGUGACCGAUAAUGGGAAGUAUCCAGUCAAUGGUGAAAAUCCCUUGCAGUACUGUGCCAAACCAGACAAUUACAAGCUCGAGAUCGAGUCGGUGGAUCUGGCACCCAACCCGCCUCUACCAGGGCAGAAGUUGACAAUCUCGGCCAAAGGUACCUUGCUCGAGAGAAUCGAGAAGGGCGCUACCGUGAACCUGGAAGUGAAGUGGGGUCUCAUCACUUUGAUCAAGCAGACCGUCGACCUAUGCGACGAGCUUAAAAAUGUGGAUAUGGAGUGCCCCCUAGAGAAGGGCGAGAUGAUCUUGACGAAGGAGGUGGAACUGCCUAAGCAGAUCCCACCGGGCAAAUACUCCGUUCUCGCCGAUGUUUACGACAAGGACCAGGAGCAAGUCACCUGCCUCAAGGCAGAUGACAUCGUGUUCCACCUUUAA